AGGGGAGGGGAGAUUGGGGGGGAGAAGGGGGCUGUGGCUUGUGUUAUAAAGGACGCAAAAAAUAAAUAAAUUAGAGCAUCUUUUGGGGGGAGGGAAUUCAGCGGAGCAGUGUCUUAGAGGAGCUUUUUUUUUUUUUGGUAGAGCGAGAAAUCAUAUAAAAUAAAAUGAAAUAAAACAAGGAGGAAGGCAACCAGCUGUUAGGGGGGGAAAUAAGGCAGAUAAAGGAGCGGGGAGAGAAAUUAAUUGCCAACCAGGAGGAGUUGGGCUGUAUUUUUCAAAGGUGGGGGGAGUGGAGCACACACCUUGAGGAGGAAAGCGAGAAAGAAAAGAAAAAAGCAAGUGGAAGGGGGGGCUCGCCCAAGAAGGGUGAAGAAGCGAAGAAAGUCGAGGCGCCGAGGCUCCCAAAGCUGGCAGCUCCGGGCGGCGGUGCAGGGGCGAAGGGGGGGGGGGGGGGACCGUCGGACAUGCGGCUCUGGAGUUGGGUGCUGCGCCUGGGGCUGCUAAGCGCCGCGCUGGGCUGCGGGCUGGCCGAGCGCCCCCGCCGGGCCCGGAGAGACCCGCGGGCCGGCCGCCCCCCGCGCCCCGCCGCCGGGCCGGCCACCUGCGCCACCCGGGCGGCCCGCGGCCGCCGCGCCUCGCCGCCGCCGCCGCCGGGCGGUGCCUGGGAAGCCGUGCGCGUCCCCCGGCGGCGGCAGCAGCGGGAGGCGCGGGGCGCCGCGGAGGAGCCGAGCCCGCCGAGCCGGGCGCUCUAUUUCAACGGUCGAGGCGAUCAGCUGCGCCUCCGGGCCGACCUCGAGCUGCCCCGGGACGCGUUCACGCUGCAAGUGUGGCUACGAGCGGAGGGGGGCCAGAGGUCUCCAGCGGUGAUCACAGGGCUGUAUGACAAGUGUUCUUAUACCUCACGUGACCGAGGAUGGGUCGUGGGCAUUCACACCGUCAGUGACCAAGGCAACAGAGACCCACGCUACUUUUUCUCCUUGAAGACAGACCGGGCCCGGCAAGUGACCACCAUCAAUGCCCACCAAAGCUACCUCCCAGGCCAGUGGGUAUUCCUAGCUGCCACCUACGAUGGGCGGCUGAUGAAGCUCUAUGUGAACGGGGCCCAGGUGGCAACCUCUGGGGAGCAGGUGGGUGGCAUAUUCAGCCCAAUGACCCAGAAGUGUAAAGUGCUCAUGUUGGGGGGCAGCACCCUGAAUCAAAACUUCCGGGGCUACAUCGAACGCUUCAGUCUGUGGAAGGUGGCCAGGACUCAGCGGGAGGUGCUGCUGGACAUGGAAACCCAUGGCCUCCACCCUCCUCUACCUCAGCUCCUCCUCCAGGAGAACUGGGAGAAUGUGAAGCGCGCCUGGUCCUCCACAAAGGAUGGCAACAUCCCCCAAGUGGAAUUCAACAGUGCCCACAGCUUCCAGCUGGACACAAGUUUGGAGCCCCCUCUGUGUGGGCAGACAUUGUGCGACAAUGCAGAAGUCAUCGCCAGCUACAACCAGCUCCCACGGUUCCGCUGGCCCAAGGUGGUGCGCUACCGCGUGGUCAACCUCCACGAUGACAACCAUGAGAACCCCACGGUGAGCCACCAGCAGAUCGACCUCCAGCACCAGCAGCUGGCCGAGGCCUUCCAGCACUACAACAUCUCCUGGGAGCUGGAGGUCCUGGAGGUGAACAAUUCUUCUCUGCGUCAGCGCCUCAUCCUGGCCAACUGCGACAUCGGCAAGAUUGGGGAUGAGACCUGUGACCCAGAGUGCAACCACACGCUGACUGGCCACGACGGCGGGGACUGCCGCCCCCAGCGCCGCUCCACCUCCGAGAGGAAGCCGCAGAACGGGGUGUGUGACCUGGACUGUAACUACGAACGGUUCAACUUUGAUGGAGGAGAGUGCUGCGACCCUGAGAUCACCGACGUCACCAAGACCUGCUUUGAUCCAGACUCUCCACACAGAGCAUACUUGGAUGUCAAUGAACUGAAGAGCAUUCUUAGACUGGAUGGAACAACACACCUCAAUAUCUUCUUUGCAAACUCCUCGGAGGAGGAAUUGGCAGGAGUAGCCACUUGGCCAUGGGACAAGGAGGCCCUAUUGCCCUUAGGUGGCAUUGUCUUGAACCCCUCUUUCUACGGAAUUCCGGGGCAUACCCACACCAUGAUCCAUGAGAUCGGGCACAGCCUGGGCCUCUACCACAUCUUCCGAGGCAUCUCGGAAAUCCAGUCUUGCAGUGACCCCUGCAUGGAGACCGAGCCCUCCUUUGAGACCGGAGACCUCUGCAGCGACACCAACCCGGCCCCGAAAUACAAGUCCUGCGGUGACCCGGGGCCAGGAAAUGACACCUGUGGCUUUCAUAGCUUCUUCAACACUCCUUACAACAACUUCAUGAGCUACGCAGAUGACGACUGCACUGACUCCUUCACGCCCAAUCAAGUCGCCAGAAUGCACUGUUACCUGGACCUGGUGUACCAGAGCUGGCAGCCCUCCAAGAAGCCGGCGCCUGUCGCCCUCGCUCCCCAGAUUGUGGGCCACACAACCGAGUCCGUGACGCUGGAAUGGUUCCCACCCAUCGAUGGCCACUUCUUUGAAAGAGAAUUGGGAUCAGCAUGUGACCUCUGCCUGGAAGGGAGAAUCCUGGUGCAGUACGCCUACAACGCCUCUUCCCCAAUGCCCUGUGGCCCAUCAGGACACUGGAGUCCCCGGGAAGCAGAAGGUCAUCCAGAUGUUGAACAGCCCUGUAAGUCCAGUGUCCGCACCUGGAGCCCAAAUUCAGCUGUCAACCCACACACAGUCCCUCCAGCUUGCCCUGAGCCACAGGGCUGCUACCUUGAACUGGAAUUCCGUUACCCUUUGGUCCCUCAGUCUCUGACCAUCUGGGUGACCUUUGUCUCCACUGACUGGGACUCCACUGGGGCUGUCAAUGACAUCAAACUGUUGAGUACUACAGGGAAGAACAUCUCCCUGGGCCCUCAGAAUGUCUUCUGCGAUAUUCCAUUGACUGUCAAACUCCGGAAUGUGGACGAGGAGAUAUACGGCAUCCAGAUCUACACGCUGGAUGAACACCUGGAGAUUGAUGCUGCCAUGUUGACCUCCAUUGCAGACAGCCCACUCUGCCUUGAGUGUAAGCCCCUGCAGUACAAGGUGGUCCGGGACCCUCCUCUCCAGGUGGACGUGGCCUCCCUCCUGCAUCUCAACAGAAGAUUCACAGACAUGGAUCUGAAUGUUGGCAGCGUGUACCAGUACUGGGUCGUCACCGUCUCCGGAAGCGAGGAAAGUGAGCGGUCACCUGCUGCCGUGUACACUCACGGAAGUGGGUACUGUGGCGAUGGCAUUAUCCAGAAAAGCCAAGGCGAAGAAUGCGAUGACAUGAAUAAGAUCAACGGUGAUGGCUGCUCCCUUUUCUGCCGCCAGGAAGUUUCCUUCAAUUGUGUUGAUGAACCCAGCCGGUGCUAUUUCCAUGAUGGUGAUGGGGUAUGUGAGGAGUUUGAACAAAAAACUAGCAUCAAGGACUGUGGCGUCUACACGCCCCAGGGGUUCCUGGAUCAAUGGGCAUCCAAUGCUUCAGUUUCCCAUCAGGACCAGCAGUGCCCAGGCUGGGUCAUCAUUGGCCAGCCAGCAGCAUCCCAGGUGUGUCGAACCAAGGUGAUCGAUCUCAGUGAGGGCAUUUCCCAGCAUGCCUGGUAUCCUUGCACCUUCAGCUACCUAUACUCCCAGCUGACUCAGACCACUUUCUGGCUCCGGGCAUACUUUUCUCAGCCAAUGGUUGCUACAGCUGUCAUUGUCCACCUGGUGACCGAUGGGACCUAUUACGGGGACCAAAGGCAGGAAACCAUCAGCAUCCAACUGCUUGACACCAAAGAUCAGAGCCACGAUCUAGGCCUCCAUGUCCUGAGCUGCAGGAACAAUCCCCUGAUUAUCCCUGUGGUCCAUGACCUCAGCCAGCCCUUCUACCACAGCCAGGCGGUACGUGUGAGCUUCAGUUCACCCCUGGUCGCCAUCUCGGGGGUGGCCCUCCGCUCCUUCGACAGCUUUGACCCCGUCACCCUGAGCAGCUGCCAGAGAGGGGAGACCUACAGCUCUGCGGAGCAGAGCUGCGUGCACUUUGCAUGUGAGGCCAACGACUGUCCGGAGCUGGCCGUGGAGAAUGCCUCUCUCAACUGCUCCAGCAGUGACCACUACCAUGGCGCCCAGUGCACCGUGAGCUGCCAGACAGGCUACGUGCUCCAGAUACGGCGGGACGACGAGCUGAUCAAGAGCCAGACGGGACACAGCAUCACAGUGACCUGCACCGAGGGCAAGUGGAACAAGCAGGUGGCAUGUGAGCCUGUGGACUGUGGCAUCCCCGACCAAUAUCACGUCUAUGCUGCCGUCUUUUCCUGCCCUCAGGGCACCACCUUUGGCAACAGAUGCUCCUUCCACUGUCGUCACCCAGCGCAGCUGAAAGGCAACAACAGCCUCCUGACCUGUAUGGAGGAUGGGCUGUGGUCCUUCCCGGAGGCCCUGUGCGAGCUCAUGUGCCUGGCUCCGCCUCCGGUACCCAACGCAGAACUGCAGACCACCCGGUGCCGAGAGAACAAGCACAAGGUGGGCUCUUUCUGCAAGUACAAGUGCAAACCUGGAUACCAUGUGCCCGGCUCCUCUCGGAAGUCAAAGAAACGGGCCUUUAAGACUCAGUGUACCCAAGACGGCAGCUGGCAGGAGGCAGCUUGUGUUCCUGUGACCUGCGACCCUCCUCCACCAAAAUUCCACGGGCUCUACCAGUGCACAGAUGGCUUUCGGUUCAACAGCGAGUGUAGGAUCAAGUGUGAAGACAGCGAGGCUGCCCAGGGACGUGGGAGCAACGUCAUCCACUGCCGGAAAGAUGGCACCUGGAGUGGCUCCUUCCAUGUCUGCCCGGAGAUGCAAGGCCAGUGCUCGGUCCCGAGCCCGCUCAACAGCAACCUCAAACUGCUGUGUCCCGAAGGCUAUGCCAUAGGGUCCGAGUGUGCCACCUCAUGCCUGGACCACAACAGCGAGUCCAUCAUCCUGCCAGUGAAUGUGACCAUACGAGACAUCCCGCACUGGCUGAACCCCACCCGGGUGGAGAGAGUUGUCUGCACGGCUGGUCUCAAGUGGUACCCUCACCCUGCCCUGAUCCACUGUGUCAAAGGCUGUGAGCCCUUCAUGGGAGACAAUUACUGUGAUGCCAUCAACAACAGAGCCUUCUGCAACUACGACGGUGGGGAUUGCUGCACAUCCACGGUGAAGACCAAAAAGGUCACGCCCUUCCCUAUGUCCUGUGACCUAAAAGGUGACUGUGCUUGUCGGGACCCCCAAGCCCGAGAGCACAGCCGGAAAGACUUCCGGGGAUACAGCCAUGGCUAAGGAAAGACAAGGAGUUGUCAAAGAAUUCCCACCGCCAGGACCCACAUCCCUUUGGUAUUGAUUUCACAGUCAGCUGCUCAAUGGAAUGGCCUCUCCACACCAGGGAUCCUUAGCACCUAACCGGUCUGCCUUUAAUUUCACCCAGGAAGGACUCAUAGUGGGGGCGCAUGAACCAAGUCUCGCCAUGUUGAAUAAUGGAAUGGAAUCCCAUCCCAAAGUCUUAGAUGGAUUACAUAUACUGCGUGCAGUCCCAGAGCCUCCUCAAAUCCUAACCAAUUGUCACACGACCACAGCAAGGAAAAUGUUCUCUAUCUAGGAGCGUGCACUUCUGUGGCUAGUACACAUGCAUGCAUAUGCACCCAUACAAACAUCUGUGUGAGGGCAGUUUUGGAGACUGAGCAGAGAGAGACUAGAACAAAGUCAAUGUUUCCUUUCCCAAGCUCCUAGCCAACACUGUCCUUGGGAGAAAGGAGCUUACAGAAACUGCUGAGACCAAGUGUUGAGAUGCUAACAUAGUUCACACCUUGAGGCUUGGAAUAUGUAGGGCGUGCACCAUGGUGUGUUCCUUUGGGAUCAGAAAUGAAAUUGUCUCUGAUCACCUACCUUCUAGGAAAGUAGGACCCAGGAAGACAUAAAGAAUCCAAAGUAUACAAAACCCCGUCCCCCAAUUUUUCUGCUGCCAUGGGGGAUUUACCCCAACUCCAGGGUUUGAGGCCAAGCUGGAAAUGGCUUAGGAUUGCAAUAUCAAGGUAUUAUAAGAGCCCCCUGCUUGAGGCUUGAGGCCAAUAUCCCUCCAGAACCCACCCAUUCCCCAAAUCUUGCCUUGGGACCACAUUUGCUGCUACUUUUCCUGCUGCUCUAUCCUAUACAUUGAGUACCCCAAGAUCGUAAGACUAGGGUUAGGAAAACCCCCAUACAACCAAACAGUCUGCCUUAAAAGUGACCCACAUUUCCCUACAGCUCCUUACUUCCUAGCCCUUCAGCAAAAGAAAAACCCUCAUUGGCCACAUGGUGAGAAGUUAAGUCCCCUAUCAUUGGGCUUCUCACCCUGGCAGGGAGUUGAGGGACUUAAGAUGCUGGAACCCUCACUGAUAGUCCACCAUGUCUAAGCCAGUGUUAGAUUUUACAGCCAAGUGGAACAGUGUUAAAUUUCUGUGAUGUUGGGGCCAUCCGGGGACUGUUAGAGUGGAGGGGACUCCUGAGCUAUUGUGCUUGACCAAGCCUUCCUGUCCCUCCAGGCUAAAGCAGCCUUUGGUCCUGAGGACCUCACUGUGGCCCCGAGUAGCUAUACUUCUGGACAGAGAAUCAUCUUGGAUAGGAUCUAGACAGUGUGUGUUCCAGAGGGCCAGCAGAGGGAAGUCCAAGAGUUCUCACCCUCAGUCCCCAGCAACCCCACAUGGCCAUGAUGUUUUCUACAGUCUUCCAUCCGCCAGUGCUCCCACCCACACCUGUGGCUGGGCCACCCUUCCCUCUCUCCCACACUCAGCCUCCAAAAGUUCAGAGUAGGUUAGUCGAACCAAUGUGGAAGCCUCUACCUGUUUGGGGCCCUCUUUGCCUCUUUUUAGCCAGUUACCAUCCACUCCUUUAGAUUAAUGUUGGGAGGGAUUAAUGCAGAAUGAGGUGGAGAGAAUGGCUAAGUUGGAUAUAAUUUCUCAGACCUGGAACUCAGAAAGCGAGGCGAUGGGAGUCUACACUAGAUGUGUGGCAUAAAGAUCGCUGUAGAUCAAGUCAUCUCAAGCCUAGAGAAGACAACCAACAAAAACAGUCUAGCACAGGAAUGGAAAAUACCAGGCACGUGUGCUUGCCCCUCCUCACUCCUGCUUCCAAGGCAGGCUUUGUUCAUCAGUUGUAGCCCUUCUUCCUGUGGGGACCAAAACUAGCUUCAGAAAGCUUCUUGCUAUAUCACUCCCAACAGCAAUUACCUGCUGAUCAGGAACACCUGAGAAGACAUUUAUUGGCCAUCUGCGGUCUGUUCUAUUUUAAAAAAAACUAUCAAGGUGCUUUUUGCACAGGUGCCCACAAAUAAGGAUGCAGUGCAGAGAUUUGUGUGGUUUGUACUAUGUUACAAACUUGGAGAUUGAGUUCCAGAAUGGAGAGACUACCACCCUUGUUAAGGCCAGGCUCAAAUUCCUUGUUUCUUCCUUAUAAAUUCAUGUUUUUAUUCAAGACCAUUUUUUUUCUAUAAUUACCAGGGCCAAUCGUUAGCAAAAUAAGAAUUAUAAUAGAAGCAUUCAUCCCAUUUGGUACCCUUCUCCAGUGUCUAAGAGCUCUUCCCAACUCUUAAAUCCCCUCUCUUACUCGAGCUGAGUUAUCAUCCUGUGUGGUGCUAGCAAGAAGGUACGAACUGCGACAGGUAACUUUGACAGCCCUCCCUGUUGCUUUAUUACAACAAUAAGUAACUCGAAAAGCCUUGGAGACCUGAAGACAACAUUACUAAUGGUGGGGUUGCAGGAACCACAGAAAAAUGGUUCCUCUUAAAAUGACUUUCAUCCUCUUUCUUCCUUCAGUCUAACCCUUAUUAUCUAUCCCACAUUCUCCAGAUGAGCAAAGUUUCCAGAAGGCUGACUUCUAGCUUCAGAUUCACAGACUGAGUUGAGCCCUCUGAGCAGACAUCCACCCAGUCUCCUUAUCAUCAUCAUUGAGACCUGUUACAAAUUUAUAUUUGCCACGAUUGUGAGAUGUGAGGCUACUUGAUUGACGGCCAGCCUCGUGCCCACAUGGACAGUGUAAUUAAUAGCCCUUUUCAACCCGUAGUAGGGGUGGGUCUACUUUAUUUGUGCAGUGCACUGGUACCCAGUUUCAUUUUCUUUCUGGGAACAAACUCAUUGUCUCGUCCUUCCUAUCAUCUCCUGUUUAGGACGAUGGAAUACUCACAAGGAGGCAGCUCAGUGCUUGAGGGUUCCGGGUGUGAAGGGUUAGCCAGUUAGCAGCAAGAAUGAAAAGAUGAGGCAGACAGUCCUCUAAGCUCUCUCUUAGGAAGCCUUUUUAAGCCACAACCCUGACUGCCCGCCCAGAGGACUUGCAUGACCCCCACCCCUGAUUCUGUGCCAACCCCCUCCUAGGGAAGACAGUCCUGGAGAAGUGCGUUUGGUUGGCUGAUCAGAUGUCAUGGAAGGGAGAGAUCAGCGGUCAUAAACUGUAGGGCUUUGAAGAUGGAGGGUGUCAGCUGCUACUCUUGGCUUCAGCAUGUUGAGUCGCUGCCUAGACAAUUCUCUUGGUCCUAGUCCCACCUUGGCCAGUGCUUAAAUGCUAUUUGUUGAAAGUAAUUCUUUGAGACAGAUUUCAGCUACCUCCCUUCCAGGUUUGAUUGAACUUGGUUGUAACUGUCCAUUUGUUAUAGGUCUUACCUGUGUUAGGAAGGAAGGACAAAAGGAAGGAAGGAAGGCAGGCAAGCCAUAUUUUCAAGUUACCAGUUUUGAAUAUUUGUGUUUUUUUUCUGGAACUACUUCAAGUACAAAAAAAAAAAGAAAUUGAUGGUGACAAAACUGUACAGAUAGAAAUUCACAGAACACAAGGAGAUUAAAAGGAAAUAAAUAUGCAUGAUUAAAAAUAAGAAUUUUUUUAAAAAAUAUUUUUGUGCUUCCUAAAGAAAAUUGCUUAUUCUACAGACUGAGUAGGUAGACAUAAGUGUAACAAUUUCCAUAGCAAGAGAUGUAGUGUGGGAUUUUAUAAAGCUGUCUGUUAUUUUAUGUACAUUGUGGUAGGUCCAGGAAAUAAGACAUCUUCCCCUUAAUGUGUAGUUGUUGCUGGGGAAGUGUUUUGUCUGUUUGUUUGGUGGCAAUCCGUGUUAGUAGGGAGUGGGAGGGCUUGCAAUUGGUUUUACCAAAUACUAAGGGGACAUAUUGUGUUGUGCUUUUCACAUUAUAAAAUGUGUGUAUCUACCGGUAGAGCACUUGGCUUUAUAAGACUGCACUUAGAACCACACUGCACAGUCCACUUUCCUACAAAGCUGCUACAUGACCAGACAGGUGAUUCCCAUGGGUUUUGAGAAUCAAAACAAAAAAUAAACCAAGCAAACAACAAACAUAAAAAUGAAAUAGCACAUGAAUAAGAGCCUGCUCUUUUUAAAAUCUUUCAGGUUUUGCCAAAUUCCUACCAGUUGUUUGAGCUUUAAAGGACAAGACAGGAACUCUAUCCCUGGAGUAAGAACCUAGAAAUCUUGAUUCCAGGCAGCAGUUUGCUUAGGGAUCUUGAACAAGUCAUCAGAUUGCCUCUCCAUUUGCCUCAGUUUCUCUAGCUGCAAAAUGGGGAUAAUACUACUUAACCUACCUCACAGGGGGAGUUGUGAGGCCCUGAGGUUUUAAGUGGGUGACGGCAAUCUGGGGGAGCCAAGGCUGGGCACCAAGGCCACAGGUUCCCUUCCAAGAAGGCACCGGCCACUGGCCCUUAAGAAAGACAGCGAGUGCUCGCUCAUUUGAUAGUUCAGGGAGCAACGCAGGAGCUCCUGGAUGACCAUCCAUGUUAGCAGAGAGGCUUGUACUGGGGAAUAUUUCAUUCUUGGGUACAUUGGACUUUUCCCGCUUAUUCUGGCCUUCACCAGUUCUAUGAUUGGACUAAAAGCCAAUUACUUCCUGUAAAGUAAAAGUCCGUUCACUGUCAUCUGUUCAGUACUUCCAGGCCAUUCCCAACUUUACAGAGGGAGGGAGCCCCUAAAACCUCCUCUCCUCAGACUUAAACUUCAACAUUGAGUGUUCCGUGGGAAGAGCUGGCUUUCUGAGUGCAGACAUCUUGGGGCUCCUUAAACCACACACCAGCAGUCAGUGAGGAGGAUUUCGAACAAUUAUCGAGUUGCUUUUUUGGGUCUCUAUAAUCAAUAACCUGUCCACAGAUAUCUAUCUAUAUAAAGAUAUUAUAUAUAAAUAUAAAUUUACAUAUAUAUGCACAUGUAUAUAGAGUUGUACAUAUAUGUGUGUGUAUAUAUACUUAAAUGUAAUAUUUACAAAAUAAAACUGUGAUCUCGUCUAGAGAAAAUGUAUUCAUAUUACAAACUGCUCUUCCAUAUUUAUGUAUCACAUUAUACCUUUUUAUUAUUGUUAUAAUUAUUAUGGGUAUUUUUAAUUGUUAUGAUGCUGAAAUCUGUUUGGCACCUUCUGGAAACUACCAAAAAAAAAUAACUCUCCACUGAAGUGCUUAAAAUCUGUUCUCAUGAGAAUUCUACUGGCCUACUAUGAAAAAGGAAAAAAAAAUCUAAAAACCAAAACACAAUUCCAAUCCUUUUUCUGUACCUCACGCGCAUAAAUUUGCUGCUCCUAUUUUGGUUUUUUUCCUGUUUAUGUAUUUUUAUGGAUCUAAGUUAAGUCUCUUAGCAAUAUAUAAAAAUGUAAAUAGUAAACUUUAUUUAUUAAGAAUGUCAUCUUUUUUAAUUUAUAUUUACACAAUUGUUCAUCUAAUUUAUUUUUUCUAUACAGUUUUAAAUACUCAGACAUAUUUUGCUGUUCAUGAUAUUUUUAUCCUGUUCUCAUGAAUUUGUUUUUCCAUACUGUUUUCUCUGGUCUCAAUUACAGGUUGGAUCUCAUGAAAAAAAAAAGGAAAAAAAAAAA